UAGGCAGGUAGCCGAGUGGUUAGAGCGUUGGGCCAGUAACCGGAAGAUUGCUGGAUCGAAUCCCCGAGUUGAUAAGGUAGCAAUCUGUCGUUCUGAACAACUCGAUUAACAUCGGCUUUAUAUUGCCCGAUGCAAAUAAAUGUAAUAUCUACGUUAUGAAACCCAAAUAAUUUAUUUUUUAAUUUUUAACCCAAAUAAAAUGUGACACGCGACUACGUCAGGGUGCACCGCACUGAGGAGGUUGCGAAGAAACAACGUUCGGGGAAUAUUUUGAUAGCAUAGCCUCUCGACUCUAGUGUAACCGAACCGCUAGCUACUUAACUUUGGAGACCGUUUAGUUGACUGAGAUAGCAAAAUCGCUACAAUUAUGAAGCUACUUUGUCAUUAGCUAGUUAAAGUUUGUUUGAGAAAUGUUCGAGUUCAUUUACAUGAAUCGUUAGCUAACGUGGGCUAGCUACCAGCUACAUAGCAAGCUUUAUCUUGCCGAAUCGCUCUUAUCUUUCUGACUAAGUUUGUUUCGUUGGCUCAUCAUAGCAAGGAUUCAUUGCUGUGUUGCCUAACUUUCCUGUAAAUCACAGUAUUUUCCCUACUAACGCUGCUGCGGACAGUACAGACGCAGGCCUUUGAUUGGAAACAAUGAGCUCGGAUAGAGGAGACAGCCAACGACGGCUUGCUAACAAUUUGGCUACUACUGUAGUAGCUUGUAUUGGAGGCGAACUGAAGUCGCAGAUUGUUGGGGUAGCUACUGUAAUGGCCUUGUAAGUUCAGAUAUAUUUCUCCAUCCUGUAGACUACCGGUCCCAUCAUAACGUACCAAACUAAGAAAAGGAAGACCAAUAGCUAGCUAACGUUAGCAAAUGUUGAAAUUCACUUCACUUUGUUUAGCUAUUAUGUUAACUGCUUGCUUGCUGUCAUCCUUACCGGUUAGCCAGUGAACUUGGCUACUGUUAAUCGUUUGCUAGAUAGUUUGUGGUGGAUCGGUUAACUAAAUAAACCCCACAUAACUAACAUUAUUCGUUCAUUUAGUUAUCAAAAUUAACGCCAACAUAACAUUUCUCAGAAUGUCCCGUUAACCAACUAGUAGCUAGCUAGCACUAGCCAAGGCAUGUUGGCUAGCUACAGUAUCCAGCUGGUCGCUAACUUACUGGCAGCUACGUUAGCUGACUUGAAGUUAGUUACCACUGAUACUGUAUUGUCAACUCUAUUGCACUUGCCGGUGAAUGUUUUUAAGAGUCAAACAAGGAAGGACUAGCUCGCCAAGUUAUGUAUGUGACACUAAUGUAAUUGUCAGGAGAUAAUAUCCACUACCAAUUGUGCGAGCUGCUUUUCAAAGAUGGCAACAAAGCGUACUAACGUUAUGCUACUGCUGCGGUCAGCUAGCUAGCAAGGUUAUCCAAUAAAAGUGGGACAGUUUUAGUCAGUUGGUUAGCUAGCUACGCCCUAUUGAAAUACAGGGCUGCCAGCAACAUGAAAGUGCAAACUGAAACCUGCAACCCAGCCAAGGUCCCACAAAACGACAUGUCAGACAAAAGGGACAGCCACCACAGUCAUUUUUUCCCUCUCAACCAAGACUGUCGGAGUGAACUGUGUUCAGGAUCUCAGCAGCAGAAAGUUCACCUUGUAUCAUCAUCAGACUCAAAGUGGCACAGCACUCAAUGCAGCAGGCUAGUCACUGAAGGACUCAGCAACGGAACCUCCCUGGAGAAUGUAAAUGUUCUUUCCCACGGUAGUUCUACCAAUGAUUUUGCACUAAGACAUGGGGUGCCUGAAAUCUCAAAUGACCUGUCAUUACCUGAGGUCUACAUACCUACCACAGUUAGAGUUGAAGAAGACCUUAGCUAUGAGUUACAGCAAGCCUAUAGGAUAUUUCACGGGUUUCUCCUGGAAAAGCACAAAGGCAUUACGACUCCAUUCUUGCACCCCAUCGGCUUCAAGGACCACACUGACAGGGCCGAGGGUCAACUUAAGCAGUCCAUGUGUUUCAGAAGGAUGGAGGAGAAGUUUGUUAGCCGGGAGUAUGAAACCAUCACAGAGUUUGUGGCAGACUUCAGGCUGAUGUUAGAGAACUGCUACAGGCACCAUGGGGUCGACCACUGGAUUUCUAAACAGGCGCAGAAAUUGGAAAUUAUGCUUGAGCAGAAGUUGACACUGCUGUCAAGGAUGCUGCGAGAGAAGACCACUCUGGCGGUGACCUCCAAGGGUCGUUUCGGGACAGAGGAUGAGAGGGGGCCUGUGGGCACCUCAACCAGACGGAGGUCCGUGCCUCGCAGCCUGGCAACUAUAACAGUGGGGGGAAAUGAGUCCAUCAUGAUCCAGGCACUCAGGCUGGAGGAGCAGCAGAAAGCCAAGGAAGAGAAGAGGCAGCGGGAGCUGGAGAAGAAGGAGGCGGAGGAAAACUCAGCCAAGGAAGUAGAGGAGUGGGAGCGCAGUCUUCUCUCCCAGGUGGCCCAGAAUCCCGUGAAAACCUUGUGGGAACUCCCUGCCAUCGGCCACUUCCUCUGCCUGGCCCAGGCAGCUCUCAACCUCCCAGAGAUAGUGUUCUUUGAGCUGGAGCGGUGUCUUCUCAUGCCUCGCUGCAGCGUCUUCCUCUCCAAGAUCAUGAGUUCACUUCUCUGCCAGCCCCAGAGGAGAGGGAUGCUCCACCGCCGCCCAGCCCUCACAUACCGCCGCUGGGAGUCCGAGCUGCGUCAGAGGGUGCAGGGCUGGUACUAUGCUAUGGGUACAGCGGAGGAUCAGGGCUGGAUGGCUGAGCAGCUCGGCCUCUCCCAUCAGUUCUUCAGGACGACUGGGGAGGUUAGUCCCCUGGAGGAGAACCCCUUCCACCUCUUACCCUUCAUUCAACGUGUGUGGCUGCUCAAAGGCCUGUGUGACAAUGUGUAUGAGACCCAGAAGGAUGUGCAGGACGCUGUGCUGGGCCAGCCCAUCCACGAGUGCCGCGAGUCCAUCCUGGGCUAUGAUGGGAAUGAGAACGCCUAUAUCCACUUCCCGCAUUUCUGCGGGGCGGACCUGCGUAUCUACUGCCAGAGUGCCAGCAUGCCCCCGGACUUCCCCUUUCCAGCUGUCUGGGUCAAGCGGGUGGAGCCUGAAGAGGGAAUAUCAGAGGACUCGGACGAGCAGAAGGACUCUGAGCGUCUGGUUUCCAUGGAGACGGAGGACUAUGAGGAGAAACCUGGUUCUGACAGAAUGAGUGGGGGUAGGAUUAAAGGGCAGAAUGGGGGCACAAGCAGGGGUGGGCAGUUUCACACGUGGGGAAAGGAGGAGGAUGAGGACUCUUCUGUUUCUGUAGAGGAUGGUGAUGAGGAGGACUAUAAGCUUCAACAGAACAGACACACUGGCUCUUCUACUCCCUCCUCACAUAUCAAGGACUUUGUGGGCAGAGGGUGUGUGAAGAAAAAGCCACAGGAAGUGGAAUAUAGGCCUGAUAGACUCCAGGUGAAACAGGAAGAGGGGUCGGACUCAUCCUCCUCUGGGUCAUCCUCAGAGUCAUGUGAGACGCGUCUCAGUGCGGGGGAACACAGCUAUACGGGCAAGUUCCCUGCUCUCCCUGGUGAGAUAACAGGUAGGCCUAGUGUGGCUGUACCAAUGAGACAGACUGAUGUUAAAGUCGACGGGGACAAAGUCACUGAGGGGCUGAGGCCAUGUCCAAAAUGUGUCUCCAGAAUGGGGGCAAAGUCAGAGGACAAUCAUCGCUGCCGUUGUGCCAAGAACAAGGCAUCAACAACCUCAGCUUCUGGGGCUGGCCACACCCGCAAGGUGAACUUGACAGAGGAUAACAUGGACAGGAUUCGGGCCAAGAAAAAGAAAAGGAAAAAAAAGAGGGAGGUACGUGCAGCAGGUGGACAGCGCAGACCAGACAGGACCCGACUCUGCAAGGCCAAGGCAGCUAAAUCCACCCUCCAGAGAGUUGCUACCAACAUCAAGAAAAAGGACAAGAGAAAAAAACGCAAAAUAGCGGGAAAAAAGCUGUCUUCAAAGAAGAAACCUCAACUCUCAGUUGAACACGGAUUUAGGUUGGUGUGCACCAGUCUAGAGGAGCUGAGGGAACUCAUCAGCAGGACAGAGGAUGAGCUGGAUGAGCUGGAGAGCACCAAAAAGAGAUCUGUUAGUAAAGAAAGGUGGUAUUUCAGGAGAGAAGCUGUGAAAGACCUGCACAUCACUCUCAUUAGGCUGCUCAACGAGCUCUCCCCAUGGGAACCCAAACUGGUCAAGGCUUUCCAUAGGAACAGGCUACGUUUAAAAAAGGAUUAUGAUGACUUCAAAAAGCACCCCGACUGUGACAACUUUGUCAGAGAGGAGUGGGUGGCAGAGGAUGUGGACAGAAGCACAGGUGACGACACUAGACUGACUGAAGAGGAGGAACUGCAACAGCAGGACCAGACAGUUCAGAGAAUUCUGUGGACAGGAGAGGACUCAGAGGCAUUGAGAGGCAGCUUCACCGUGGUAACCAGACAAGAGAUGUUGACCUUGGAUGAGCAUAGACCGUCCACUCGGGGCUUGAAGCGCCUGCACAGCGGUAUAGACGAGGACCCAAGUCCCAUUAAGAGAGGCAGGCUUGGCAGUAACGAGAUGACAACUUCUCCUGAAGGAUCAGAAAUGGAAAACCGACCCAGGGAAACAAAUCCAGCAGCACAGCUGGCUGGAGAGACAAGCCCAGUUGUUGUAACACCUAUGGUUGGUUUCCAAAGGGCCUACAAGCCUGUUCAACUACAUACCCUGCUGGCUAAGAGUGUAGGGAAUAAAGUGACCUUAAUUCAUCAUCAGCCUGGUACAGGUGUUAUCUGCCAUGUUGGUCAGGCACAAAGCAAGGACUGUGCUUCUUCCAUGCAAGCUACCAAACUUCAACCUUCUUUACCACAAAGCUCUCGAUACCUACCACGAGCAACAACACCAACAUCUAAACACUCACAGAUGGUCCAUACCACGCCCAUACCAAAGAGCCCCAUACAGGUUGUAUACAAGAUACCUGAGGGCAUGGGUCUGGUCAGGAAAGAUGGGAGCCCUGUGAAAAUCGAAGUACAGCCAAUCCUGGACCAGAAAACAGGGAAUAAGAUAAUGCAACGAGUGGUCAUCCUGCCAUCGAACAUGCUCAUUCAAAAGUCGGAGGAUAAAAGUCUGCCGCAGCAACUAAGGACUCUCCAGGUCCCAGCCUUCAAAGAUUCCACUCCACAGUCACAAAGCUCUGGGUUCACCAUGCCUCAACGUCAUGCCAACCGGAUCCUAACACCCUCAACUACCAUCUCUCCUAGGUUGCAGACAUCUCAAACUCCAGGUUACAAGGUUGUCCAACUCCCUGGUUGCAAAGCAAGUAGCACUACCCAAAAUGUUAUACCAAAUAGAUCCAACCCCGUCAGUGCGGCAUCUACUGAUUCAUGCAAACCUCCGGACCGUAAGCAAGAGCUGAAGACUGUGUGCAUCAGGGACUCGCAGUCCAUUCUAGUCACCACUAGGGGGGGCAACACUGGCGUUGUCAAGGUGCAGUCAUCUGACCAGAGUAGACCUGGUUCGAUACCUGCCAGGCCUGUCAUCACCAUCUCUCCACAGUUCAAAGCCUUCCUCGUGUCCAAGACGUUUCCACCUGCUGCCACUACAGUCCCUGUGGUCACCAGCUCACCUGUAGCCCAGUCGCGAUCAGGACCUUCACUGUUACGGUCUUCAACUGUCACAAGUUCAACAACUACACGCCAGUCUCCGAUCACUGCUGUCAUUCCAAUGGCCACAAGUCAGACCGCGAGUUCUGAUGUUAACGUUGCUGUAAACCAGGGCUGCACUGUUUCAUCUAGACUAGCUGUUAACGCACAGCUACUUAAAAGCAUUGUCACUGUACCUGGUAAACCAGCAGGUGCCACCCAGACGUCUCUGGUCCAGUGUGUCAACAAACCUGUUCUGAAAAGGGUAGGUCCAGAUGAAAAGUGUAGGUCCCCCCCAUUCACAAAGUUCAUCCUGGUCUCUCCCUCCUCAAACAUCACGUCUGUGGCUGCAACCAAAGUCACUUCCACCACGGCUCCCUCUGCUCUUCCAGGUCAAAGUUUCAUGUUUAUCAGCCAAUCACCAUCUACAGGUAAUCCAAAACCGGCAUCAUCAGUGUCUGGACCCACCACACAAUCCCCGACCAUGUCGAUACCCACUGAUGCAAUGAAGAUCGGACUCAACCUCGGUCAAGCUAUUGGCAGCGCUAACUUCAGAGCUUUGAAUAAGGUCCAGAGCAUCAAUCUGCUUCCAGGUUCUCAGAUAAGGCUACCACAGCAGGCAAACCUUUGCAGGCCAGUUAGUGCACUCGCACAAUCUACUUUAAAAAAAACAUUUGUAUCCGCCUCAAAGUCGGGCCUUCUUGCAACCCCAUCGUCUCAUAUUGUCACUAGCACUGCACAUUUCCCGUCCUCCACACUGCUGACUGGAUCUCAACUACAAGGCAUCCCUUCAUCCUCUGUGAUCCCCAAUCGAAUCAAGGUAGCUGGGCAGCCAGGGUCUUCUAUAAUCAGAGGUUUGAUCUCCAGCAACACACCAGUGUCAGUCACUACACCGCUAAGCCCUGUCAAAACAUCCCUCACAUCACCGGCGCAGGUUUCUCAGUCUCAGAACUCUGUCGGUGUCGCCGCACCUGCUCAGAUGCUAAGCACUCCACAGUCUCCAACUGCCCCUAUAUCCACUCAGCAGUCCUCUCCAGUACAGCCAGCUGGUAAUACCAAUCCUGUCUCCAGCACCAUCACCACUUUGCAACAAAAGAUUGUCAUCAACACCACUGCUACUCUUGCAGGCGGCACGCAGAUUCUCCUCAACAACACCCGCUUUGUUGUUCCUCCUCAAGGCCUUGGGCCUGGCCAGCAUGUCCUCAUAAUCUCCAGCCCUGCCGUGCCUGUGGCAGCUCCUAGUCCCAGGGGAGCGAUCCCAGCCACCGGUGUACCACAAGGGACAAUGUUACCUGGGCUAGCCCUACCUGCACAAAGCCCCAGAAUGGCCAGACCACCCGGGACACACCAGCCUCAACAAGCAGCACUUAGAUCCCUAACCCUGGCAGCACCAUCCACUGUGAAAGUUGGACCCACUAUCCCUGUCUCUUUCACUGUCCCUCGCCAGAUGGUGGCUGUUCGAGCCUCACUAUCGCCCACCAGCACCACCACCAACAGUUCUCCACAAGUUUCACACUGGCUCCCUGCUCCGGCCACCAUACACACUCAUGUGGUUGCAGCUCCACAUUUAACUCAACCUGAAGGGAUGGGCAGCUUCUCACUCUCUUCCCUGCCAGGAAGUCCCAGCGCAGCUCAAAUGGCAGGAGUUGCACAGAGCCCAUCAAAACAGCUCCCUUUGCACACAGCACUUGGUGUCAACACACCACUCAAAGCACAGCAGCUUAUGUCAUUCAUGCAACCUAUGGGAGUAGUCUCCAGGUCCAGGACACAGGUGCUGCCGGCGGUAGCUGUUCCCCCAAUAGGGAGCACUGUCUCCAGGAUGCAGACUCUACCCGUGGCAACCAUACCAUCCAUCGGGAGUGCUUUCAGUAGCAAACAGGCGUCUCCUGUGGCAACUGUGCCUCCAUCCAACUGCACUAUAAUCAUGACACCAGCACAACCUAUCAGGACGGUAAUGUCGGCAGAGACUAUCCGCACGCCCACUGUUUUAUCCAAUCCUCAGCAGCAGCAAAUACUGGGCCUGGGCAAGCCCCCUUUGCAGCCUUUACAGGCGCCUGCAUCAGCAGUGCAAAAAACCAGCCCCACCACCAAGCUGCUAGUGAGUCCUGAUGGUGCCGUUUUAAAUUUGGCUAGAGGCCCUACCACCAUCACAGGCCUGCCAGAGAUGGCUAACAAGUCUUUGGCUGCGUUGGUUGUUACUCCUAACUCCACUGGGAGAGUGCCGUUGCCUAGCGCAAAUCCUGCCAAUCCCUUAAUGCCUGCACAGGCUGAGUGAAGUGGACCUAUCAAAUGAAAGACGAGAGUUUGAAAGCCAGUACCAGUGUGAUGUGAUGAAGCAGACACAUAUUCCAGAUAACUUUGUUCUGGACUGCUUUAGAACAUUCUAGAAUGUUUUUGGUAGAAGGUGGGGGGGGUUGGUUGAGAAACUGCCUGGUUGAGCUGCAUUUUUACUUUGCAUAUCUGAGUGUGUUUUAAGCAAUGCUAGAUAAACUUUAUAGUUGACUCAGUUUGCUCAAGAAAUGUAGGUGGAAAUGUAUUUGUGAUGGUUUUCUAUUUCUUUAAGCUAACAGCAUUUUGGGGUUGCCUUCUCACAAAGUUUAAAUGUGAAUUUGGACAUUUUUAGUUUUUUAAAAACCUUUUCAAGGCCAGUAAUACAUAUGUUGUAAAUUGCUAGGAUUGCAGGGUAGAGCAAAUGGAUUUGAAUGUGAUGGUAAUACUUUUCAUUGACAUUGAAUAUAAUUCUGAAAUGAUAUCCAUUUGAAUUCCUUAGAUUGGAACAGCACUUUUUUAUUCUGUCUACCAGACUCUUCGGACUUUCCCCCAGACCUAUUGUAGUAUGUUCUUCAGAUGUGUGUUGCCUACUCAAGAGGCAGGUCGGUGUACGUUGGUUCUCUUCCAUUUCCAGCAACUAUUUGGGACAAAAUAGCAUUUUACAUGAUUUGAAGUGCAACUUCUAAAAUGAUUUGUCGAAGCCCAUAUAAAACAUUUUGGAAGUUAUAUUUAUUUAUUUUUCCUAUCAUAGAUUUCUCAAAAUAUUUAGCGGGUACAUUGUCAUUGGAUAACUGUGGACAUGGAAAUAAAUGGUGCGACUGUCCUCCAUAAGA